ACGAUUUCAACUGGAAUCGUUCCGAAGGAGAUCGGACGAGCGGCAGCCGGGCAAAGGCGCAUGCGUCUUUUUCAGGCUUGGGCGGCCAAGUAGAUGUCUGCGCCGUUCGAAGAGCGGAGCGGGCUUGUGCCCUGCUCCACUCCCUGGGGACGCUGGUAUCAAACCUUGGAAGAGGUCUUCGUUGAGGUGAACGUGCCGCAAGGGACCCGCGCGCGGGAUGUGGAAUGCAGCCUGAAGAGCCGGCACUUGGCUUUGACCGUAGCGGGGAAGGAGAUGCUCAAGGGUAAUCUAUUUGACUCUACAAUAGCUGAUGAAGCAACCUGGACGCUAGAGGAUCAGAAAUUGAUACGAAUCACCUUGACAAAAACCAACCGUGAUGCUGGAAACUGUUGGCGUUCCCUGAUGAAGAAUGAGUAUGCUGCUGAUCCCUGGGUUCAAGACCAAAUGCAAAGGAAGCUUACAUUAGAAAGGUUCCAGAGAGAGAACCCUGGAUUUGAUUUCAGUGGAGCAGAAAUUUCUGGAAAUUAUACCAAAGGAGGGCCAGACUUUUCUAGUCUUGAAAGAUAGUGUGUUGGCUAUAUUUCCUCCAGUUCAACUAUAUUUCCUCCAGUUUCUCCAAAAUGACAAAGCAUUAAGCUUCAGAAGAGCUUACUGGUUUUUUUGGACAGUUUUAAACCACAAAAUAAUGACUUACCAGAAUUGCACUUAAUGCAAUUAAAAAUAAACAUUUCAUGCAUACUCAGAGCAAUAUUAUUUGUAUGAUGACAGUUUUGUGCAAGGUUAACAGCAUAAAGUUGCAGUUGCUACACUUUAAAUUGUUAAUUGAUAUGCGAGUAAUAUUUUUCUUGAAAGUCUGUGAUCUGGCUUAUUUGGCAAAGCAGAGAAGUAAAAAAAACAUUACUACCUAAACGCUAUAAACACAUUUUGAAGGCUAAACAGAUUUGCCAUCCUGAAAAUUUGUACUAAACCAGCUUCAACACUAUUUCACAUAGAAGAGUCAUUAAAACUAGUAAUGUUAAAAUCUGGUAUAAUUAAUACCUUCCAUAAUUUUGUGCCAAACUGUACUGUCAGUCAAACCAUAACAUGCAAUAUGUAUCCUUGGGUAAAGCCAUUUAGCGUUCAUAAAUUUAUCCCUGACAUUCUUUAUAAGAAUAGGAGUUCCAGUGUGUAUAUUCUCUUAAUAAAAUUCAGAAAACCAUUUUAGCCACUUUAAAAGAACGAUUGCAUGCCAAGGAAGAUUUUACACUUUUGUUGUUUCGACUAUGGGCACCUUUAUGUUAUAUAUCAAAGUGGCUGGAACACUUGAAAAAAUAAUUAAAGCGUGUGAACUUUUUCAUGUUUUUUAAAAAAAAUUCUGCUUAAUCUGACACUUAUAUUUUUCUGCAGCCUAAGAUGUGAUUUAUAGUCAGGCAUGUAACACUUUUGUUAAAAGAUCUGGGUUGAAUCCUGUGAUGUGCCUUUCCUGGACUAUUCAAAAAGCUUCCUUUUGCAUCCCAAAUUGGCUCCAGCAUGUUAGAGUUUAUGGAACCAGUGGCAGGACAAAACAAAACAAUGAGCUUAAUUAUCGAGUGACUGGAAAUCCAUUUGGACAACAUGGCACAUAUCUUUUGUUUAUAUAUGCAAGAAGAAAGUACAUACAUCAUAUGUAAUUAAAAAUUCUAAUAGUUGCACCACAUUUUGCUUUAUGCAUGUAUAUACUCAUCCAUUUAACAGAAUGAGAGUUAAUUGUAGUCUGAUUCACUCCCUAACCAUGUGUGCCAUAUCUAUAAUUUUUGUAUCUUUAUGCUUAGACAUGUUUAGUUAUCUAUAGUAAAGUAAAGUAGUAAUUUUCAUGUUUAAAAAAGAUUUAAACUAUC